ACGUGUCCUUUAUUUCCAGGCAGAGUAUAAGAAGGCCAUAACCAGUAACCAGUGGCAUCGCAAGCUGGAGUUCCCUGGCGGAGAGACCAUCGUCAUGCACAACCCCAAGGUUAUCGUCCAGUUCCAGCAAAGCGCGGUUCCUGAUGAGUGGGGGACCGCACAUGACGGCCAGUCCCGUCCGCGAGUCGUGAAGAGGGGCAUAGAUGAUCACGAUGAACUUCCAGAUGGGGAGGUGCCUCAGGCCGACCAUCUGGUGUUUAUGGUGCAUGGAAUCGGCCCGGUGUAUGAUCUGCGCUUCCGGAGCCUGGUGGAAUGCGUGGAUGACUUCAGGACGGUGUCUCUAAAACUGCUGCAAACUCAUUUUAAGAAGUCCCUGGAAGAGGGUAAAGUGCAUCGUGUGGAGUUCCUGCCCGUCUGCUGGCACAGUGCCCUCCAUGGAGAUGCCACCGGUGUUGAUAGACAUAUCAAGAAGAUCACAUUACCCAGUAUUGGUCGCCUUCGUCAUUUCACCAAUGAGACCCUGCUGGACAUCCUGUUCUACAACAGCCCCACCUACUGUCAGACCAUUGUGGACAAGGUCAUUAUAGAGGUCAAUCGGCUGUAUGACCUCUUUAUGAGGAGAAACCCUGAUUUUAAAGGAAGCGUCUCUGUGGCCGGUCACAGCCUAGGCUCUUUGAUUCUGUUUGAUGUACUGUCCAACCAGUCGGAUAUGAUGGCUCCUCCCCCUGCGCUGGCCGAUCCGCCUGAUGUUAAUGCUCUGCUUAAACCGAAAGCUGUGGAGGAAAGGCAGGACAAGGCUCCCUCCUCACACGAGUCCAUUGAGUCUGAGCCCAUACAGGAAGAGCUGCCUGGCCUGCAGGAGGCGCUGGAGACCCUCGGCCUGGCGGAGUACACCAGUGUGUUUGAGAAAGAGAAGAUUGAUGUGGAGUCUCUGCUCAUGUGUACUAUCGAUGAUUUGAAAGAGAUGGGAAUUCCUUUGGGGCCUAGAAAGAAGAUUGCCAAAUAUGUGGAAGAGCUUGCUGCUAUACAGGCGGCGAGAAAAGCUGCAGCAAGCCAGAGAGCUCUUCAGAUCAAACAGGAGGAAACCGGACCCGUCUGUGAUAAUGGGGGGCUGGUGCCCCCAAAACAGAAGCUGCCGACAGGGACCUCGGUCUCCAACGUUCAUGUGGACUAUGAGCAUUUUGAAACGGGUACUGGACAGGUCUCGGUGCGCCAUGACUCCUUGGAUUUUAAACCAGUGAACUUCUUUGCCCUGGGUUCUCCUAUCGGAAUGUUCCUCACUGUGCGAGGCUGGAAUCAGAUUGAUGAGAGCUACAGACUACCGACCUGCAAAGGGUUCUUCAAUAUUUAUCACCCGCUGGAUCCUGUGGCCUACAGACUGGAACCGAUGAUAAUCCCAGAUCUGGAUCUGAAGCCCGUCCUUAUCCCCCACCACAAGGGCAGAAAGCGGCUACACCUUGAGCUGAAGGAAAGCCUGAGCCGCAUGGGGUCAGACCUGAAGCACGGCUUCAUCACUUCGCUCCGCUCGGCGUGGCAGACCCUCAAUGACUUUGCCCGCGCGCACACGUCGUCAUCUCAGCUUCAGGCGGAGUUGGAGAAAGUUGCGGAUCAGAUUAAGGAGGAAGAGGCUAAAGAGCAGGUGGAAGCUGAGAAGUUGGAGAGUACGGACUCCUGGCGGGAGGAGGAACUCGCUGUGAAGAUUGGGAUGUUGAACGGUGGUCGCAGAAUAGACUACGUCCUUCAAGAGAAGCCCAUCGAGAGCUUCAAUGAGUACCUGUUUGCUCUGCAGAGCCACCUGUGUUACUGGGAAUCUGAGGACACCGCGCUGCUAAUAUUGAAAGAGAUCUACAAGUCUAUAAAUAUGAUUCCAGAUCAGCAAUUACAGUAGCAGCCGGGGUCACCCCAGGUGCUGAUCCCGGGAGGACUGAGGACAUGAAGCAGAAGUGUGAAGAACUUUCGUGGACAAGACAGAACGCUUUUUUAUUUUAAAUUAAUAAACAUUGCUCAGUCUAGGCAGAACUAUUGCAGAGUUUUAUCGGCCACUUUCGUGCGCUCUCUUAGCGUGCCACAGGUAACCUGUACGGAGACUGGCUUCCCUUUACAGCACCAUCGUUUUACCCACAAUAAAGGGUUAAUCUUAUUCUCCCUCCGGGAUGUAAUGAGUUCCGUCAUUGCAGUAUACAGUAUAUUAUAUACUUAGUGUGCGUGUUUUAUAGAAGACGCACAGAUGACUCUUUGCUUUUGAAGGCGCGAACUCAAGAUCUCAGGGCUUCAUGCACAUCACUGCAGGGGAUCGUUACGCCCGGCUACAGCUGCGCAGAUCAUUCAAUAUAUAGUUUUAUUAUAGGUUGAAUUUUUUACAGUUAUGCAGAAGACAUCCCAGAUACAUACCUGUGUGAUCUACCUGUAGCCUACUUACCGCCUGUUAUUGCGUCCAAUACCAUACAUCGCGUGGUCUCGCUGGUCACCGCAUACCUCCGAGAUCUCACUGGCUCGUUAUAUAAUGAUUACUGGCUCGUUCAGUGGUGAAAUCUGUUCCGGGAUUGCGGAAUCUUCGUGAUUCUAAAGUGUCAAUUAGUUAGAAAGCUGCUUUAAAUAUCACGCCGGUUCCGCAAUCUCGGAAUUUAUUAAUAACCCCAGAAGAAAUCUGACCUCAAAAUUGUUCCUAAUACGCAUAAAUAUACAUUAACCCUGUUUUUAGUUGCACCCCUCCGUGUAGCCUGUGAGUUCAUGUGCGGCCAAUGGGGGUCAUUCCGAGUUGAUCGCACGCUGCCGAUUUUCGCUGCACUACGAUCAGGUCUCUACUGCGCAUGCACCACAAUGCGCACUCGGGUCAUACGGAUACAAUGCGAAUCGUUGCUGAGCGAUGGAUUUAAUGAAGAAUCCAUACGCACAGCCGAUCGCAAGAAGAUUGACAGGAAGAUGGCGUUUGUGGGUGGUAACUGACCGUUUUCUGGGAGUGGUAGGGAAAACGCAGGCGUGGCCGGGCGUUUGGAGGGCUGGUGUGUGACGUCAAUUCCUGCACCAAAAAGACUGAAGUGAUUGCAAGGGCUGAGUAAGUUCAGACCUACUCUGAAACUGCACAAAAUGUUUUUGCGAGCUCGGCUGCACAGGCGUUUGCACACUUGCAAAGUGAAAAUACACUCCCCCGUGGGCCGCGACUAUGUGUUUGCACGGUUGCUAAAAACAGCUAGCGAGAGAUCAACUCGGAAUGACCCCCCCCCCCCAUGUCUGCUCGGUUCUCGCGUUCCUGUCUUAUUGUCCUGACCACGCAGCGGAAAUCCUCAUAUAUCCUUCACUUAGUAUUUACUACAGACAAUUGCAAAGGACGAUAGGGUUAGGGGCAGAUGAUCCCCACAGAGUGACCUUUUAUAUAGUACUCACCAAUACCAGGCUAUAGUGAUCCAUUCAUGAGAAUUGGAAACCGUGCUGGAUAUUUAAAUACAUUUAUAAAACAAAGAUUUUUCUCAUUUAACUUUUUACUAUAGAAUUAAAUUAUUUUAUCAUUUUUGGGGUAUGUGAUGUAAGUGUAGGCGACUCACACCAGACCCCUGCCAUACGCCUUGUCGCACCCUGGACAAAUUUAGGGAUAAGCGGUUUUAAUAUUUUUUUUUUUUUGUCAAAUUCACAAAUGAGUGAAAUUGCUGAAUUAUCUUACUGUGAAUUUCUGAUUUAAAAGAUAAAUAAAGUUUUGAUUUUA